AUUUCAUUGGUUCUUCGUAUUGCAAUAAACCAACCAAAAAAGUCAUAACAAAGCUGAUUCCAGCCAUCUGUCAAAAUCAGAAAAAAUUCUACUUUAGUCUGAUUGGUUGACUCAAGUUAUGCAGUAUUGGUAACACAUUGGUCAAGUUAACCAAGCAAUGUGGUUAAGAAUGGCUAAAGAACAAAGAUUAUAUGACUUAUCGGAUAGAUUAAUUAGAGCUAUAAGUAAUUGGCAGACAUUUUCUGCAGAUGAUGAUGAUGAUGUCGAACACUUAAUAGAAAGAGGAGCUGAUGUGAACCGACUACACGGAACUUUACUACCAUUACAGUGUGCGUGUAUGGUCAGUGAUAGUCUAGUGCUCCGUUUGUUGUUAAGGAAAGGAGCUAAGGUAAAUGAAUUUGAUGGGUAUGAGAGAACGGCAAUGCAUUAUGCUGCGGAGCGGGACGUUUUCUGCGUAGAAAUGCUUCUUGAAAACGGUGCCGAUAUUAACAUAGGCGAUGGAAAUGAUGACACUCCUUUACACUGGGCGACAUUCAAAAAUAAUGUACCAUGUGUAAAACUUUUACUUCAAAGAGGGGCCAAGGUCGACCCGUUAGAUUAUAACCAUGACACACCAUUAGCGUGGGCGGCUCGAAAAGGUCAUGUCGAAAUAAUACAAAUCCUUUUAGACUACAAUGCAGAUGGUCAUAUUGCUAACCUCAGAGAGUUAUCGCCAAUUGAAAAAGCGGUUCAGGUCCAAAGUAGCGGGCUUAAUACUGAAAAUGAUAAUAGAAGUCUGGACCUGUUGUUAAAGGCGACAUGUAAACUGACUGCGACCGAUUCACAGAGACGAGCAAUAAAGGAAGAUAAUCGUCUAGGAGAAUUGUUGUCGGCAAGAGUCGAGAUGCCGUGUUCUUUGCAGGGUCAUUGCCGUUAUUCAAUACGCAGGUCGUUUGGAUAUCGGUACCUACCAAAUGUUAUACCAAAAUUACCGAUACCAUCAAGAUUACGAGAUUUUAUUGCUCUGAAAUGUUGACAGUAUUAAUGAUAUUUUUUUUGUGGUGUUAAGUGGCAGCUGAAAGUAGUUUUUGUUAAGGAUGUAUUACUGAUAUGAUAGGUUUAAAUAUGUGUUUUUACCUUGCCAGUUAAUUAUUUAAAUACUUUUAUGACAAUAAACUUUGUCUCAUAAAUUUUGAAAUUUUAACACGGAAACCCUAAAGAUAAUUAACCCAAACUAUAAUUAAACUAUUCACUUUUUGUUCGCAUGAAAAUACACAUUCAGAAAAUUGUUUUGUUUUUUUAAACAAAAGGCAUAAAGUUUGGGAAACUUUCAAAUAUUUUUAGAAAUUUUGAAAAAAUCCAUAAAAUUUGAAAUUCAUAAAAGAGGGACACUUGAAACAAAAAAAAAUAGGCAAAAAAUGAUUUAACAAAAACACACUCUGAAUUAAAUCUAAAAACUAUUAAUUUUUGUCUUUGAUUCAAUCCCUUUAAAAAAGUAAGAUUCACUUUGUUACUGGGGAAAAUAAAUCUCACUUAUGAAUGGGAAAUAAUAUCUCACUGACGAGCAUGGAAAUUGUAUCUCACUGAAUGGUGGGGAAAAUAAUAAAAAAUAUCUUACUGAUGAGUGUGAAAAUACAUUUGCUGUAAAGGGGAAAAAUAUAUCUCUUUGAUAAGUGGAAAAAUAAACCUUUCCAGAGAACUGGAAAAAAUGCAUCACAAUGGCAAGUGAGAAAAAUAUAUCACAUAGUCAUAUUGGAGGAAAAAAUAUCACACUUAAUACUGGGAAUAUCAUAUCUCUUUGGAAAGUGAGAAAAACUAUAUCACAAUUAAAAUGAUAAAUAAAAUCUCACCAAAUACUUUGGAAAAAAAAAUAUAAAAAUCUCACCAACUUCUUUGGCCAAAAACCGUAUCAAGAAUUACUUUGAUCCCAUAUCAUGAGUGAAAAAAACCCAAAAGUUUUCCCAAAGUAGGACUAAUUCGGACUCAUUAUUUAUAUGAGCCGUGUCACAACAAAACCAACAUAAUGGGUUUGCGACCAGCAUGGAUCCAGACCAGCCUGCGCAUCCGCUCAGUCUUAUCAGGAUCCAUGCUGUUCGCUUACAAACCCUAUAACAAGUAAAGAAACUGAUGGCGAACAGCAUGGUUCCUGAUCAGACUGCGCGGAUGCGCAGGCUGGUCUGGAUCCAUGCUGGUCGCAUACCCACUAUGUUGGUUUUGUCAUGACGCGGCUCAUUUAUCUGUACUUUCAUUGAUGAGGUGAAUGUUGAUGUCACUCUGCAAGUCUUGUGUGUAAUGUAUGUAAGUUAUUAUUGAAUCUUUGUGUAUAUUUUUGUAUAAUUAGAUAACACUGUUAAAUCUCAGCACUUCUCUAGCUUAUAUAAGAUUUAUGACACUUUAGAAAGUGUUGUAAAUAGUGUUUUUAAGAAUAUGGGGUGACAUGUAAAAUAUAAAAACUUUAAAGCUGCAUUCCUCUAGAUGUUGGCCAAAAUUUUCAUGAAAAUCAUCCUUGACAGAAUUUUUACUCAUAUAUCAAGGAAAGUCAAGAUAUUCAGUAAAUAAUUUACCUGUUAUAUACAUUUAUGAAUGAGUUUGCAGUAUUUAUCACCUUCUUUCAAUAGGAAAAGUUCUAUCAGCAUAUUCUGACCUGUUUUUUUGUAUAUUUUAAAAUUAAGUGUAAUUUGCAAUGUAAAUUACUUUCUUUGUUUGCUUGACAAUAUUUUACCUUUUAAUACAUUUGAAAAAAAAAAAUGAAAAUAAGCAUAAAUCUGGAGGCAUGCUGCUUUAAUUAAUAAGUUAAGGGCACUUAAGGUAAACAAUAUGUAAGUAAAAUAUACUUGAGAUUGUAUUAAAGCAUGCAAAAUUAAUGAUUAGUAUUUAUUGACAAAGUAUCAAAUUAGCAAAAAAAUGAUUCUGCCAUAUACAUGAAAUGCAUAAUAUCAUAGCUUAUGAAUAUUUAGAUAUGUCUUAAACUAUUCAAGCGUAUUGGCUGUCUGCAGUUUACACAAUUUUUGUUUGAAGUUUGAUAAAAAAAAAAUACCAAAAUGAACCUGUAUGAAAGUGAUAUGUUAGUAUAUUUCUUUUUGAACGAAUGUUACAAUAAAAAUUACAUGCUAGUAUUGUUUAACUGUUUAAGACAUGUAAGACUUGCUUAAAGGUCCAUUACACCACAGUAUACCUAUAUGUUUAUUUCUCAAAAGCUAUUCAUUUUCUGGGGCCUAAUAAUAGUUUUCAAAAACUUACUCGCUAGCCGAUCCCCUGAAUCAUUUUUUUUCUUUUUGCUUCGGUUGCCUUUUAUCAAUUAGAAUAAUGAUAAUAAUUCAUUAUUUUGUAUGGAAGUCAAAAUACUACUGUAUUUACAUUUUGAUAAGUUUUUGACAAAUAAUUUCACAUUUAUCAAUACUUUUUUCAGAUAAUAAGCAUCUAACAUAUGCUCUUAAACCAUUAAUAUUAUACUGUUGAGAAACUUAUGAUUGCCCUUUCUUAAGAAUAAAACUGUCAUUUGUUUCUGUGGCAUAAUUUCUUUUUAAAAAUAUACUAUGCUCAAAUUUGAUAUUAGAGAAUAUUGAUAAUUGCUACACAGUCUCUUUGUAAAUAUAGAAUAAACACGUUUUGACUUAAUAUGAAGUAGAUAUGUUACAUAAAAAAUUCUACAGGUGGUCACAAAAUAUGAAUAUACAAUG